ACAAUCGUGGACAGUGUGUUCAGGAUGUGUCCGGACAGCAUACAUACAUACUAAUGCGACGUAUAUAAGAGGAGCUCCCAUGGCUAGGGCUGUUGGUACUGCAGAGGGCGCGCGAAGCGGCUGGGACUGCUAGCAGCGAUGGAAUCUGUGCGGAGUAUUUUACUGUUGGCACUCGUGCUGUCAAUGCUGAUCGCCUCCACAGUAGCUGCCCCCGCUGGUCCGGCCCCCGCUAGUCCGGUCCUCAAUAGACAGACCCCCGCACAGUCCCCUACUAAGGGGUCCGAAGGGGACCUCGAGGGAUCGGAGAGCGCCUACUACUACGGAUACGGAUAUCCUUACUACUACGGAUACCCGUACUACGGUUAUCCAUACUAUGGAUACCCCUACUACCAUCCUUACCCGUUUGUCUACGGAAAAUAACCUCAGUUUAGUAUUUAUGAUUUUGUAACUAAUAAAAUGUGAUAACUUCCA